GGGUUCCCAAGGUGAAUAUCAGGUGGCACAGCUCUACGUCGGGCCUUAUGGGAGGGUUAGGCAUCGAAGCCGACGGACCAUGUUCUGGAUCCGCCUCUUGGUUACUUCGGAGUGUAUCCGAUGAGCUUCUCCCAGGGUUUAAGGUUCCCUCUUCAUCCAUUUGUCGUGGAGUAUCUCUACAUGAUAGACCUUCCACCUGCCUUAUUAACUCCGAACAGCUACUCCCUUAUUGUCGGGUUCCUCAUCCGAUGCGAUGAGCUUGGAAUUGAGCCGACGACGGCGUUGUUCACAAACUUGUACCGGAUCGGCCGGGGCAGCCACGAGAACUGUGCUGGAUAUGUGGCCCUCCAGCAGUUGCCGAAGAAAAGAUCUUUUACUGACCUCCCGUCGUCCAUUCAUGGGUGGAAGAGUAAGUUUUGCUUUGUGAAACUGGCCGAUGGGGUGUUUUUCCCUUCUCAAGGACACAACGGCAUCUUUAACUUGCACAACCCACCAAAGAGCCCUGAGAUUGAUGCUCAAGUGGAAGCGUUCCUGAAGGGUGGGCCGCGGAGCGUUAACACUUACAUCACCGAGUUCAAGAUAGCAGCUCUCGGGAUGAUGCGGUACUAUAUUCCCGGCGACCCUGAUUGCGGAUUAUGGCCGAAGAUAUCUGGCUAUUUUGAGCAGGCCGACGGGCCCUAUUUUGGUGUCCCGGCCGAUGCCGAAGACUUCACCAUGAGCCGUAAGUUGUUUAUGACCCAGGCCAAGAAGAUGGUAGAUAAAGAGAUGCAGGCUGCACAACAGGCCGAAGCGUCCAAAAGCUCGGCUGACGGUGUGAAGGACAAAGCCGAUGCGGCGAAAAAACCGUCAUUGAAGAGGAAGAAGAAACCGGAGGAAGGCCAGCAGACUUUGGCCGAGGUGGGAUUGAAGUCGGCCCAAGGGAUGAAGAGGGCGAAGCAGACUUCUUCCCCCAGUGGUGUGCGGGCUAUGGCUCAAGAAGAGCACCUUCCUGACGUCCAGGUCAUCGAGGACCUUACCUUAAACGAGUCGUCGACUGCCCUCGUUCCUACGUCCCUCAACUCUGGCCAGAAUGUCCACGCAACCUCCCGAAGCGGCCGCGACCUGGCCUCCGGACUGUAUGAGGUGACGGUCCGGUACCCGACGAAGGGCGGGUUAUUCAACGAGAGGGUCUCUGGCCACGACGUCUUGUUCCAGGCCAUUCCGUAUGAGGAUAAGGCGUAUCUACGCCGGCAAGGCAAGGAAGUGCGCCCUCUUUGAUGGUGGAUUGGACUACGUCGUCCAAGGUGCCUUGAUGCUGAUGGAACAGCACCGCCGGAAAGAGGAGGAGAUUGCUCGCCUCCGGGAAGCCGAGAAGAAGGUUGCCUCAGCAGACGAAGCGCUCACUUCCUUGGAGCAGCUUCGUACCAAGACCGGAUCCUUGAAGGAUAGGGCCGACGCGGCAGAGAAGAGAGCUGCUGCUGCUGAGGAUGAGGUGAGGCAGCUCCAGAAUAAACUUGACGAAGAGGCCGCUGCUCGUCGGUUGGCAGAAGAGAAGGCCGAGGAGGCUAUAAAGCUCAAAGCUCAAGCUGAGGAGGCGGCCGAGAAAGCCAUUGACCUCUUCAUGGCCGAUGGGUGGAAGGAUGACGCCCGUCGGGACUUUUGCUUCAAGGUUGUGGCCGAUCUCUUCCAGGCUUGGUCGCAAGAAGAUCCGGCCGGUCAAGCUUUUUGGAAGCAAGAGAUGGAGGUCUUCUAUGACCUUGGGCAGCGGCGUAUGCAAAUGCUGGUCUACCGGAGGCUUCGCCGACGCGUCAAGAAUCUGAGGCCACAGGGUAUCGGCCUUCCCAGGCUGAUGAAGGACCCUGAGGAGGAGUUGACACUCCCCUUGGCCGAAAGGCAGCGUCCCAUUUUGAGCUCCGAUGAAGAGGAUGAGCCUUGGACUGAAAGCGAUGAUUAUCUUUUCCGGAGCUCAGUCAAGUCAAAAACCGCUGAGGAUGUUGAUGAUGAUGCCGACAGUGGGGCCGUUGAGGGAGGCCGGGGGCAAGCCGGAGAUGCAGCUUAAUGUUAUUCCUUUUUCUUCUUUUGUUUUGGACGUAGCCUGAUGUAGGAUUGUAUUGGCCGAAGCGCCCCAUUUAUGUACUUAAGAUCCCAAAUUAAUGAACUCUUUUUGCCUGUGAAUGAAUGUGUUGUUGCUUCGUCUUUAUUGCUUUAAAUUCGUAUGCAUCUUUUGAUCUUCACAAUUUUUGCUAAGUAUUAGGGGUAAGUAUACCCCGGCUGGAUUGAGACGAAGCGUUCCUUCGUCUAUGUACCCACGAGGCUCAUUUCCCUUGGAAUUUCUGAGUAUCAGCAUCAAAACAUGUC